AUGGGCAAGGUUUGUGCCAUUUUUGGAGGAUCCCGAGGAAUAGGCAAAGCUGUUGCAGAACUACUGGCACAGAAGGGCUAUCGCCUGGCGAUCGUUGCUAGAAAUCUGGAAGUAGCCCAAAGCACUGCACGUAAUCUUGGUGCAGGACAUCUGGCACUUAGCUGUGAUGUAUCCAAUGAACAAGAAGUCCAAAAGACUUUUGAGGAGAUGAAGAGGAAUUUAGGUCCUGUUAACUACUUGGUUAAUGCAGCUGGGAUCAACAGGGAUGGUUUGUUACUGAGAACCAAGACUGAAGAUAUGAUAGCCCAGAUUCACACUAACCUUUUGGGAACAAUGUUGACAUGCAAAGCUGCUUUAAAAGACAUGAUUCAACAACAGGGAGGUGCUAUUGUCAAUAUAGGAAGUAUUGUAGGACUUAAAGGCAACUCUGGUCAGAGUGUGUAUAGUGCUACCAAAGCAGGAUUAGUGGGAUUUUCACGCUCUCUUGCUAAAGAAGUAGGAAGAAAGCAAAUUCGAGUCAACGUUGUUGCUCCAGGCUUUAUUCACACAGAGAUGACCAGCCAUUUGGAAGAAGAUCAGUUGAAGAAAGCAAUUCUCCUUGGAAGAUUUGGAGAGCCUCAUGAGGUUGCACAAGCUGUUGUCUUUCUUCUAGAAUCCCCAUAUGUUACGGGAAGUGUUCUAGUCGUAGAUGGAGGCUUGCAGCUUAUGACUUAAAUACUACCUCAAAUGAAUGCCUACUUCAAUGCCAUGAUGGUAAUAUAUACUAAUUAAAGGGAGAGGAUUGGAAAUUGUUUGAAGAUUUGAUGUAGGUAAUUGACUUGGUAUUUAGUCAGAGGGGAAGUUCAGCAGAACUGGAGGGCAGUGUGUAUGUUUAACUACCUGAAAGAGUCUGUUUGAUAUUAUGAAGUCUGUGUAUGAAACACUUUGAAAAAGAUCUGGUUUUGAUAUGGUGAUAACUUUAAUAACAUGCUGAUAUCUUUUUUAAAGCACUGUAUUUUUAUAAAGGCUUGUUUUCCAAUUUGGGAUAGAGUGGAGACUUUAUUUGAAUUAUCAUGUUGCACAGAUGUUAAUAAAGUGUGGGGGCAUGUUUAUUGGGUGGCAGGUAUGAUUGCAUCAAGUUUUUCAUGAAGGGCAAAGAUUGCAAACUGCAUAGUU